UGCUUGUUGGCGGUAUUCUUGCCUCUCCUCCCCGACCUGCCCCCCGCCCCCCUUCCUUCUCCCCCCAACCUAUUUCUUCCCGUCUCCCAACACAUUUAGGAAAGAGCGGGUACCGGUAAGUCCUCAGUCCCUGGCCCGUUCGCCUCUCGCUCACACCGGUUGCCCCGAUGUGAGGAGAUGGUAGCCGAGGUGGGGGGGGGAGACAAUUGAUGUCUGUUCCGGGGCAGGGGUGGCCCGAGGCCAAGCUCCUCGUCGCUUGCCCCUUUUUUUGCCGCGCCCGGCCGGCUGACCUCCCCCUUCGCCGCCACAGCGUAGGUUGGUGUCCCGCCGCCUCCCCUCAGGAGGGUCCCCGUCCAGCGAGUGGCGAGGGGACGCGGCUCCCUUCCCCACGGGGCCCCUGAAGGGGCGUCGCAGCGGGCCCCCCCGGCCCCGGCUCGUUUUCGCCGAGACGCGCGUCCCUCGCCUCCCGCCGGUGCGCGACCCCGCCCCGAUCUGCAGGCUGUAGAAAAUGGUGAAGGAAACGACUUACUACGAUGUCUUGGGGGUAAAGCCCAAUGCCUCCCAGGAUGAACUGAAAAAGGCAUACAGGAAGCUGGCACUGAAGUACCACCCAGAUAAGAAUCCCAAUGAAGGUGAAAAGUUCAAACAGAUUUCUCAAGCUUAUGAAGUACUCUCCGAUGCAAAGAAAAGAGACCUCUAUGACAAAGGUGGUGAACAAGCUAUCAAAGAGGGUGGAUCUGGUGGUGGUUUUGGGUCACCCAUGGAUAUCUUCGAUAUGUUUUUUGGCGGAGGAGGAAGAAUGCAACGAGAAAGGAGAGGUAAAAAUGUUGUUCAUCAGUUAUCAGUGAACUUAGAAGACCUGUAUAAUGGAGCAACAAGAAAACUGGCAUUACAAAAAAAUGUCAUUUGUGACAAAUGUGAAGGUAGGGGGGGUAAAAAGGGUGCUGUUGAAUGCUGUCCUAACUGCCGAGGAACUGGGAUGCAAAUAAGAAUUCAUCAGAUAGGACCUGGAAUGGUUCAACAAAUCCAGUCCGUGUGCAUGGAAUGCCAGGGCCACGGGGAAAGAAUCAGUCCUAAGGACAGAUGCAAGAGUUGCAAUGGGAGGAAAAUCGUCCGUGAGAAAAAAAUCUUGGAAGUUCAUAUUGACAAAGGUAUGAAAGAUGGACAGAAGAUAACAUUCCAUGGGGAAGGUGACCAAGAGCCUGGACUAGAACCAGGAGAUAUUAUCAUUGUCUUGGAUCAGAAAGAUAAUACUGUAUUUACAAGACGAGGAGAAGAUCUCUUUAUGUGCAUGGAUAUUCAGUUGGUUGAAGCACUGUGUGGCUUCCAGAAGCCAAUCUCGACUUUGGAUAACAGAACUAUUAUUAUUAACUCUCAACCUGGAUCAAUCAUCAAACAUGGUGAUAUUAAGUGCGUACUUAAUGAAGGCAUGCCAAUUUAUCGCAGGCCAUAUGAAAAAGGUCGCCUCAUCAUUGAAUUUAAGGUGAACUUCCCAGAGAGUGGCUUUCUUUCAUCAGACAAACUCUCUCUGUUGGAAAAACUACUGCCUGAGAGAAAAGAAGUGGAGGAGUCGGAAGAAAUGGAUCAAGUUGAACUUCUGGACUUCGACCCGGCUCAGGAGAGAAGACGCCACUACAACGGAGAGGCAUAUGAGGAUGAUGAACAUCACCGCAGAGCUACAGGACAGCAAAGGAUCUUCUUCACCUGGGAUUGGUGAAAUGCAAAAAAAAAAAAAAAAAACCCAGUAAAAGCUGGGAGUCUCAGCAAGAAAGCUUUUAUUGUAGGAAAAGUGGAGGGAGGUUUCGUAAAGGAUUUUGUCAUUAAAGAGCAGUAAGAAACUUCAA